CUCCUUGAUUCCGACCAGCUGUUUCCCGCCUCGAGACACAGAGAUCAGCUGCAAACACACACGUAGUAGUAGGCGGAGGCGCCACACGCACGCAGGGAAAUCCGCAUCAGCUGGAGCCACACACAGUUAGCUUAGCUAGACUUUUAGCUACAACCUCCAACGCUCAAUAAUACUACGCAAUACUUAGCUAUGUGCAAUCGAACAUAGUACAGGAGUGUAUUUUUUAUUUUUUACGGCAAGAAAAUCGGAAAAAUAGCCUCCAAAACACAGAGCAGGCUCAAGGGGUUACAGCUGAAGAUCUCUACCGUUAAGUAGCUUGGUAGCUAAAGCAUGGAAUACUUCAUGAUGCCUACGGAGAAGGCUUUACAACAAUUCAAGAAAUCGGAGAAGGAUGUUAUUGGAGGGCUUUGUAGUCUGGCCAACAUCCCGCUCAGCCCGGAGACUGCUCAGGACCAGGAGAGGCGUAUCCGCCGGGAGAUCGCCAAUAGUAACGAGCGGCGCCGCAUGCAGAGCAUCAACGCAGGGUUCCAGUCGCUGAAAACACUCCUGCCACACACAGACGGCGAGAAACUCAGCAAGGCUGCCAUCCUACAGCAGACGUCAGACUACAUCUUUGCUCUGGAGCAAGAGAAGACCCAGCUACUGCAGCAAAACAACCAGCUCAAACGCUUCAUACAGGAGUUCAGUGGUUCCUCCCCAAAGAGGAGGCGUGGGGCGGAGGAGAAGGAUGAAGGGAUCGGCUCCCCAGACAUUCUGGAGGAGGAGAAAGCCGAGGAGCUGAGGAGAGAGAUGUUGGAGCUCCGACAACAGUUGGACAAGGAGCGCUCUGCGAGGAUAAUACUGGAGGAACAGGUGCGUUCUCUGGACAUGGUGCUGCACCCAGAGAGGCUGAAGGUGAUCACCCAGCAGGUCCAGGAGGAGCAGGCUCACAUCCAGACCCAGACCUUACUGAGGCUACAGCAGCUCCAUGCAGAGACCAGCGCAGAGAGGGACAGACACGCAGCACACAGCCCACAGGUGCGGUCCCCAGCCCCCACUCACCACCCCACGGUCAUCGUCCCCGCCCCCACGCUGACCCCGCACCACGUCACCGUGGUUACCAUGAGCCCCGCCUCCAACAUCAGCACAGUGUCAACGUCCCGGCAGAACCUGGAUACCAUCGUACAGGCCAUCCAGCACAUCGAACGUGCCCAGGAGAGGAGGGGCAGUGCUGAGGAGGAGAGGAGACGAGCAGUCAUCGUCAGCCCUGCCCACGUCUCCAUGGAUACCACCGGCUCUGACACGGCCUCCGACAGUGAGGGAGAGGAGGACUGCUCCAUGAACUAACAGAGAGAUACACAUACCGUGUUCUCUAUACAGUUUCAGACAGAAUGAGCCAAGGUUGCUCAAUGAACUGUUAGCUACCACACACACACCUAUACAUAUAUAUAUAUACACACACACACCAAUACAUACUGUAUAUACACACACAAUGUGUUCUCUCCAGACAGUUUGAAAUCAAGGGAGAGGACUGCUUGAUGAACUGUUCGCUGCCACACACACACACACCAAUACAAACACAAUCAGACAGCAUCUGACUGGUAGAGCGAAACAAUGACAUUUGUUCUACUAAAAUCCAAAUUCAAUCAUAAACCAGUAACCAACAAAUGGAACACACACACGUUAGCGAUACCCACCCACUGUAGAAGACGAUCACAAAGAUUCCCUCCAGACGCCUGACUACUUUUUGAUAUAAAUAUUUCUUUUUUUGAACCUGUCUUUGGCAUUAUAAUGACUAUGGAGUCAGUCAGUAGGUAUGAUAAGCUCUGGUCAGAUCGUGUGCUUUUAAAACGCAGAUGAAGAAGUGGGCUCAAUAUGGCAGUCUAUCGUAAAGGCCUUUCCAGACAAAGCUGCAGCGGGAUUCUUUUCAGGCAGAGCGAUCGGCGUUGCUCAUGAAGGCUGCUCAGCCGAGGCGGAGAAAAUGGGUAUGUAUCUGCUCUAAUUUGUCAACCUUGCUCCGCCCGAUCGCUUCCUGUCUGAAAAGUCUUUAAGACAAUAGACAGCGAUAGGUUGGCUCUGGCAGAAUACAACACAGCUGGUACUUAGCUGGAUCCCAUCAAUCACAUGUAUGAAUGAAACUUACAGAAUAAGCUGUGUCACUAGCUCUAUUAGGGUUACAUAGAAGCAAGCAGUGGACCAUUCUCUUAACCUUUCAAAGUUGUUUUCCAUCUUUUCUAUAUAAAAAAAGUUUUCCUAAGUGUCGGGUUUACCAAGAAGAGGAUAGUUUCCAAUUAGGUCUCUUUUUGAUUUUUGUUUAUUUCAGUGACUAUGCACUAAACAUUUUUAGGUAUUUAUGCAAUUCCAAGCUACAGUAAAUUUGUUUUAUAGGUGGGGUAGUGUUGAAUAUUAGGCAAAAUUGUUUUUAAAAACAUCACCCCUUCACCCAAUAUGAAUCUAUGCACCUCCCAACAAGAGAACAUAACAUGCAUACAGUAUAGACGGGUUGGUUGUCUAGCAACAAAACCAAUGCAUGCGCAACUAUGGGGCAAAACAGACAGGAUUGGCUAAGAUUGUUGACACGUAAAUUAUAUUUUGUCUCAAUGUUUAUUGAAAACAUAAAUACACUUCUCUCAAAUACAUUCUUACAGUUGUUGCUUAGCUAGCUAGUGAAUUUGAGCCAUAGUCAAAACACCUUAAAACAAGACAUUGUAUCAGUAACGAGCUGAAACGAGACACCUACGAUUCCCCACAAGGCAGCUUCCAGGCAUUGCUGCAAGCUAUCUGACCGCUCAGAAUCCUAAUACCACACGGCCUCAUUGACGCGUGUGCAUAAUGUUCGUGAAAUGCUCAGCCAACCCGUCUUUGUCUGUCAACGUGUACAGUCAUAACACACAUGUAACUACAUGCAUUGAAGAAUGUAGUAUUUUUCUCUGAUGGUGCUAACAGGGAUCGUAUGCCCUCUGAGACCCCCAACUUUUACCAUUCGAUUUUGAAACCCCCCGGGGGCAUAUCCUAACCCAACGGGUAGCGCUCAACUCCUACACAAGCACUGAACUAGAAAUUUACCCCAGUCCCUUUCCCCUCGUACCCCUCCAUGUUGUCAGUUUGUUUUGGGAACGGGACUGGAAUCCCUGUUAUUUCUCUGGAAGCCUGGAGUCUCUCACUCACUUCCUAUGAUAUGUUGAUAUGAUGCUAAGGGUCAGGAGUUUUUCCUGAACCAUGUCUAAGGCUACAACUAGGGCCAUGAGUUUUCCUGUAUAGAUCUCGUGAUCAGGGAAGAACCGGAGUUUCUAGGAAUGCUGAAUCUGAAAUGAUGCUGUAAAAACAUUCCAUUUAUUUUGACAGUUUUUUUUUUUCUUGUUUCAUCCCUCCAUGCUCUAUUGCCAAUUGAUGCUGUGUUCGUUUUUUGUCUUAAAUGUUAUAUUUUUCUGGGAUUUCCUUAGUCAUUGUCUACGUAUGAAACGGCACCCUAUUCACUACAUGUGGCACUGGCCAAAACUAGAGCACUAUUUGGCAUAUAGGGUUCCAUUGUCGACGUAGCCACUGUCUACAUGAAGCUCUUCCUGUGUGAGAACUUGGCUCCAGUGGGACAUUUGGGUUGACGAAGCUAAUUCAUUUUGUGAUUCAACUUCAUAACUGGUUACAAUAUUAUGUCUAUUUAGCCUUGUCCCAGAUCUGUUUGUGCUCUUGCCUAACUCUGUUGUCAUUGUCAAGCCAAAACGCAUGACAAUUCCAUUAGGCGUUGGCAAGAGAGCAGAAACAUCUUAUUGUCUGUUGUAGGGGGAAAUUAUAAUUUUGUGUGAACUUCAAAUCUGGUUAGAAUAGUAGCUAUACUUACUGACUACUGUGUUAUGUCCCAAAUGGCACACUAAAUAGUGAACUACUGUUUACCAGGGCCCUGGUAUAAAGAGUGCACAAGGUAGGGAAUAGGGUUCCAUUUGGGACACCGGCCAGUAUCUUCAUCGUCCUCAUCAGAGAUAUUUAUCUUUUUGGUUGUUUCUUCUGUUCAGUUUUUUUAUUUUUUAUGCUGAAGAUGUGUGCAUCAUAUUUCAGCACUGGUGUCCUGAGAUUGUUGGUUGUUAGAGAAUCUCUUAAUAAUCAAUAAUUAGAGAUUAUUGAUAUGAAGCACUUCCCGGUCUGUACUGCCUGAAUCAAGGACGACGAUGGCGCCGCAGAUUUUUACUAUGUUGAUCAAGCUCUUUUUGCUGUGACCUAAAACCGAACAGCUGUGUUUCUCUCCUUUUCUUCAAAUAUGUUCAUUUCUCUCAUCUCUGCAUCCCUCCCUUUGUCCUAUUUUUUUAAUUACAGACAUUUGUAUAUUUUUUUAAUUUCUUUUUUUUUUUGUCAGUCCAGGUCGAUGAGAAGCUGUUAUAUUUUGUUUAAGAAAAAUGAACUUGUUGGGAAAAACAGGCCUUUGUAAAGAAAAAAUACAAUAAAAUUUGUACUUUGUUUUUUAAUACA